AUGAAAUAGCAAAAAAAGAUAAGGUAUUAGAUUAAUAAUAAAACUAGAAAGACUCACCGACGCAUUAUCUAAGUAAUAUAAAUUAUUAAGGAAGACUGCUUAGACUCUUGGGUGAAUACUAACGAGUAUUUAUUAUCAAAAUUCAGCCCUCCUUCUUGCAUCAUCUCUUAGGCUCCAGGAUCUAUGUUGGAAUUUCUUUUAAAAUCUGAAUGA